AAGACUCUGAGGAUCAAUGCAGCAGUCAUGGUUUGUCCAAGGACUCGGUUGUGGAUAUGGACACUUUGUGUCUUGUCUGGGAUGUGUUUGGGUCAAGAGUUGACUGAACCGGAUUACAUGGUGGCCAUACCUGCUGUUCUUGAAGCUGGAACUGUGAAUAAAUUCUGUGCGAGUCUCCUGGAGCCAAAUGAAAUUCUUACUAUGAAGGUUGCUCUGAUGUACCAGCAAAAGAACACAACUCUUUUUGAAAAGACGUCCAACACAGAGUUUCAUGAGUGCAUUGAUUUUCAGACUCCUUUAGUGCUAAAUUCAGAAGUGCUGAUGUUUGAAGUGGUGGUACAAGGCAACACAUUUUACUCCAGAGAAGAGAGAAAAGUCAUGAUCAAAGUCUAUAAACCAGGAACAUUUGUUCAAACAGAUAAACCAAUAUAUCUUCCUGGACAAACAGUGCAUUUCAGAGUCGUCUCACUGGAUAAUAAGCUGCGGCCUGCCAACCAACAAUACCAAUUAAUUGAACUUCAGGAUCCUUUUCGAAACAAAAUUGGACAAUGGCAAAAUAAAACAUCCAAUGGUAAAAUUUUGCAGCUUUCUUACGCUUUGAGCUCAGAAGCUCGCAUAGGAAGCUACAACAUCAUUGUGAAAAUGGGUGAAGACCAAGUAUAUCAUACCUUCAAGGUGGAAAAAUAUGUUUUGCCCAAAUUUGACAUUGCGAUAAAUGUAGCUAAAGAAGUAAGUGUUGCCCAGGAAAUCAUUGAUAUCGAAGUAUGUGCAAAGUACACAUAUGGACAGCCUGUACCAGGACUUCUUACUGUUAAAGCAUGUCGGCCCGUUGAUCGAUAUCUCACAAUUGCCCUAUGUGACAUCCAGAAGAAACGAGUUGACAAGACAGGCUGUGACAGAUUUGCUUUUGAGAUGUCAAAUUUCAUAAGGGAUGACAAAAAUUUACAAAAUAUCAUAGAUAUUCAUACAACACUUAAAGAAGAUGGUACUGAAGUGACUCACCCACAAGGGAAGAGAAUAGUCCUUUCUUAUGUCAUUGGAAAGCUGUCUUUUAUUGAUACUGCCAAGUUUUAUAUCCCUGGAUCCAAUUUUGAAGGAAAAGUGAAAGCAGUUUCUUACAACAACACACCGAUUGCUAACAUGCUACUGCACCUGUCGGAUAACCAUUUGUAUACGACACAAACUCUCACAACAGACAGUAAUGGUGUUGCCACAUUUUCACUGAACACAACUACCUUUAAUGAAAAUAUUCGCCUACAUAUAUACAAGACCUUGGGCCACAGACAGAGGGAGCCUUUCUAUCAGAUGGAGUCGCACACUGUGUCUGUGUACCAGCCACCUGCUCCUAAUACAAAAUCCGUCAGCACUCUGGAUGUAAAAACUAACAGCAAACCUCUUCCCUGUGACUUGGAACAAGAGAUUCCUGUCCACUACAGUUUAGUGGGAGAACCAAAGGGCUCUGUGAAAAUCAUGUACUUGGUGUUGUCCAGAGGAGCAAUUGUCUUACAAGGAAAUAAAAAAAUUCAAAUACAAGAUGACUUAGAGAAUGCAGGUAAAAUAACAUUGAAACUCGCAAUUACUCCGGACUUGGCUCCAGAAUUCCAGCUGGUGGUUUAUGCUGUCCUCCCUAGCAAGCAUGUGAUUGCCAGCAGUGGAGACUUCUCCACAGAAAAAUGUUUCUCAAAUAAGGUGUCGCUGGAGUUUUCCCCGUCGUCAGCUGUCCCAGCAGAGCAAACCAAACUGCAACUCACUGCCCAUCCCAAUUCUCUGUGUGGUCUCAGUGCGAUUGAUCAGAGUGUGUUGAUAAAGGAGCCUGGGAAGACCCUUAAUGCAGACAAGAUAUUUAACAUAUUGCCAGUAAAAAAGGCAUCUUCUGUUCCACAUGAAGUUGAGGACUCUAUGAAAUGUCUGAAAGUGAGACACAAGAGGUACAUUUCACGUUAUCACAAUCCAGAUGAAUAUGGGGCCAACAAAGUGUUCAAGAAAGCAGGUUUGAAGAUUGCAUCAAAUUUAAUUAUCCAAAUGCCCACGUGUGUUGUGUUUAAAGGAGAAAUUUACACUCGUGAUUAUGGGAUCAGGGCGUUUGAACCCAGAGUGGACUAUAUGUUGACAAGCUCUUUUCUUCAUGGGUCCUCAUCACCUCCUCCUCCAAUACAAACAGCCCGCACCUUUUUCCCUGAGACCUGGAUUUGGGAUCUGGUAGAAGUUGGAGAGUCUGGAACAAAAGAUGUGUUCCUUACAGCUCCAGACACCAUCACCACCUGGGAAACGGAGACUUUCUGUUUGUCCAGUCAGGGUUUUGGGUUGGCUCCUCGUAAGAAGCUUACAGUCUUUCAGCCUUUCUUUCUGGAACUGACCCUGCCCUACUCCAUCAUCCGGGGGGAAAGCUUUGAACUAAAGGCAACUGUCUUCAACUACCUGAACAGCUGCAUCAUGGUGAGAGUGACUCCAGGCCUCUCUACAGGUUACGUUCUUACACCAGUCUCUACUGAGGAGUACACAUCCUGUCUGUGUGACAGUGAGCGAAAGACCUUCCACUGGAACAUGAACCCCACAGCAUUAGGGGUUGUAAAUAUAACCGUUACUGCUGAGGCUAUACCGUCCCACGCAUCGUGUGACAAUGAAAUUGUGAGCGUUCCAGAAAGGGGUCGCAUUGACAUAGUCACAAAAUCCUUGAUAGUAAAGGCUGAAGGAAUUGAGGUUACAAAGACUUACAACUGGCUGUUUUGCCCAAAAGCAGGAGAAGCUGUGAUUGAGGAAACUGAUCUACAGCUCCCUGAAAAUGUGAUUGAUGGAUCUGUUCGUACCACAGUAUCAGUCUUAGGGGACGUCAUUGGUCGUGCACUGAGGAACAUAGAAGGACUGCUGAAGAUGCCAUAUGGAUGUGGAGAGCAAAAUAUGGCUCUUUUGGCCCCCAACAUCUAUAUCCUCCAUUAUCUUCAGAACACACAUCAACUGACCCCGGCCAUCAAGGAGAAGGCUUUCAACUUUCUGACCAGUGGUUACCAAAGACAGCUGAACUACAAAGAUUUUCAAGGAGCAUACAGCACGUUUGGAACAGGACCAGGAAACACUUGGCUGACUGCUUUUGUUGUGAGGUCUUUUUUUAAAGCCAAGUCAUUCGUCUACAUUGACCCAAGUGUGGUUGAUAUAUCUAUAUCGUGGUUGAUAUCCAAACAAAAAGAAAAUGGCUGUUUUGAGAAGUCUGGCAAACUCUUCAACAACAGAAUGAAGGGGGGGGUGUCUGAUGAAGUGACUCUCAGUGCUUACAUCACUGCUGCAUUCUUGGAGAUGAACACAUCCACAGAUAACCCAGUGGUAACUAGGAGCCUCUCUUGCCUAAAAGGAUCCAUUAAUGAUCUCAACAACACCUACACCACAGCUCUGUUAGCAUAUGUCUUCACACUGGCAGGAGACAUUGAGACUCGUGCUCACCUUCUGCAGCACCUUGACAGAGUGGCAGUAAAAAAAGGAAAUGUCAUCUACUGGACUCAGACUGCAGCUGAAACAUCUGACUCUCUGUCAGUGGAAAUCAGCUCUUAUGUCCUGAUGUCUUUACUCAGUACCUCCCACACUGCUGAAGACCUGGGAUAUGCUUCAAGCAUUGUUAGGUGGAUGACCGGGCAACAGAACUAUUAUGGGGGUUUUUCUUCUACCCAGGACACAGUAGCGGCCCUUCAAGCUCUGGCUCUUUAUGCUACAGUCGUAUUCAGCCCAGAGGGUUCCAGUACGGUUAAAGUCCAGUCCUCUAGUGUCCAACUGGAGUUUGAUGUGAAACCAGACAACAAACUACUUUACCAGGAGAAGGUGAUGAAUGAUGCGACUGGAAAGUAUACCCUACAAGUGAAAGGGACUGCAUGCUCCUCAAUCCAGAUUUCUCAACACUACAACAUCCCUCCUCGUCCAAACAUCACAACUUUGAGUGUGGAAGUUGAAGCACAAACCAACUGUUCGGACAUAUCCAGACAAAAGCUAACUUUGCAUCUUAAGUCUCUAUACAGUGGAAAUGAAAUGAGUUCCAACAUGAUCAUCCUGGACAUCAAAGUGCUCACUGGAUUUGUUCCAGUAGAGGACUCUUUGGAGAAUCUGAAAAAUGCCUUGCUGGUAGAUCGUGUGGAACAGAAGGAGGAUCACAUUGUUAUUUACCUGAGGGAGUUAAAACAGGGAGAAGCCAUUACUCAUUACUUGAAGCUUGUACAGCAGCUGCCAGUACAGAACUUAAAACCUGCCUUGGUCAAAAUCUAUGACUACUACCAGCCAAGUGACCAGGCUGAGACUCAAUACAUCUCCCAAUGUGCUUAAAAAUCAGUGUGUGAAAGGAACUGAGAAGACUUAUCCAGUGGUUUUGUGUUCUUUGCACUCUGUGAUCAGUCUUUAAAUAAAGUUUAAGCAAAAGCUGAGAA